UCCGGUCAAAAGGGGAUCCAAUGGAGAUCUUGCUGAAAAGAAUGUGACUGACCAGGUUGGAAAGGGAAAGGUGAUAUAUAAACAUAAUGGCAUGAAGCAAAAAGAAACCAAACUGUGUGGCCCAAGUCAUUAUGCUGCAAUUUUAAGUUUUCUCAGGAGGACUGAUUUACUGAGAAAAAGCCAGGGGAAAGAGGUCUACAUGUCAUAUUUCCUUAAGUUCCUCAAAUAUGGGGUCAUAAUAUAAAUCCAUCAAAAGGAAAGAUUUGGCAGAAGAGCAUGAUGGUUCGAGUUGGUGCUUAUGAGAGACAGGAAGAUGACACAGAUGAAGAGGCUGGAACAGCUGCAGCACAAAGAAUGUUAGCCAGAUAUAUACGUCAAUGGCAGUGGAAAUCCUCCUACCUGGUUUACCUGCUGCUGGCAGUCGCUUAUCUUCUGAUCAUUAUAUUGUUUGGGAUUGUGGCUUCUAAAGCAUCUUAUUCAGAUUUGAACAAAGAACCGCUAAAACCAGAGGCUCAACAGGAUCGUGAAAUGGCCUCCUGUGGUCCUGACAACACACAGUGGGUGAGAUUCCAUGGAAAGUGUUACUAUUUCUCCCCAGAGAAAGCCACCUGGAUGAUUGCCAAAAAGAAAUGUGAGGCAAAACAAUCACAACUUGUCAUCAUAAAGAGUAUGGCUGAACAGAAUUUCCUUCAGAAUCGGACCAACAACCAACGUUACUGGAUAGGACUCAGCAAUAAGAAUGUCGAAGGGGAGUGGAAAUGGCUGGAUGGGAGUGACAGCACAAGUGGCUUCACCUACUGGGCACCAGGGAAGCCCAACAACAGUGAAUCCGGUGAGGACUGUGCACAUCUGUGGAACAAUGGGAAAUGGAAUGAUGUCUACUGCACCUAUCCAUGCAACUACAUCUGUGAGCAGCCUGUGCCAAACCCAAGGACCUAAGCAUCUCCAAAAUGCCCCCAUGCACAGAGAAAGUGUUGGCCUAAUUGCCUGCUUCUACAGACUUUAUUCUAAUGCAGAGGCACGGAAAGUGUGGUCUUGCGUGGUUGGACUGCAGCUUCCAGCAGUCCUGGUCAGAGUAAUCAAUGGUGAGGAAUGCUGGGAGCUGCAGUAUAACCACUGAUUAUGCUGACCAAGACUGUUGAGAGCUGCAGUUAGACAACAUCUGGAAAAGCACAUUUUGUUCACCCCACAACAUGGACACACAGGAAUAGUGAUAUCCUUUUCAUAUGCCAAGCACCUGAAUCCCAAAGAGGUCCUUUAACUACAACUCUUAAAGACUUUAAUUUUAAACUGAUUUGGCUGGAUUUUUUUGGUAAACCAUGGCUGAUUGUGAACAUCCUUCCUGCUGUUUAUAAAGAUUUCCAGUCUUGAAUUUAUUUUUGCUCAUACUGCUGCUAACUCAAAUGGUGUGUAGGCUGCCUUUUUGUAUACUUUGAGAAUUGGCUUGAAAAGUAAAUAAAGCCAGUUUUCUUCUUAAUUGUUUUCACUUUCUCAUUUUAAAAGGCUCACUGUGGGCUCAUGCACACAUAUAGGCUAGGCAAGUAUUUGUUAAAGACUGGGAAAGUCCAUUAACUAAGCAGUGCAUAUUCAUAUAUGCAGAGGCUGGUGCUUUGAACAAUCAACUAAAGAUAAUAAUCUGCGAACUUCAUAUUUUGUGUGAGGCAAAAAUGAGUGUAGACUACCUUUCCUGUACAGCUAACAAUGAUAUGAAGUUGGGUGUUUGUGUGUGAAAUCAAGCCAGGAAAUAUCAGUUAAGGAAGCAACAUGGCCAACAGUACCAAGAGUGAACACACUAGGGAGGGAACACUUACUGCCUGUGUCUACCUGUAUUGCCCUUUAGUGGCUGACAAUGAGUUGUGCAAAUGUGGUUGCACCUUUCUUCACUUCCACCAAUGUAUACCAUACCUAGAAAUAUACUGCCAUGAAACAUAAGGCCUAUGGUAAUUAUUUCUGCUAAUAUCUGAAUAAAUAGGUUUAAUGCAAAUCAACAUGAACACUUGGGGCGAACUGUGCAAAUGCUAAAAAGAGAAACAAGAGAUGCUACAGAAGAGAUCCAGAAAUCAGGUGGUAGUUAAACCUCUGUGGAUUUCAGUAUGCUCCAGUGGAAUCCUUUUAGUUAAUAGCCCUUGUAGAUAUACUGUAAUAAUACGAAUUUUUGUAGCCCUCACAACACUACAGAAUGCUUUAUUUGAUUUUAUAUGGUUUAUGGGUUUAAUUUUGAGUUCUCUCUUUUCUGCAAAUGUUACUUGAUAUUUAUGACAAAAAUCUAAUUGUUAGGUCUGACAAGAGUAGACACGCUGAAGUGAUGGAACUUGCAUUAAGUGUUGAUUUCCUAUGUUCCCAUUAGUUCAAUGGGUCUAUUCCAGUUGGAACUAGUUGGAUACUUAGGCUUAUUAUGCCUUAUAUAUAAUGUUUUUACAAUUGGCCCUCCAUAUCCAUGGAUUCUUUAUUUGCAGAUUCAACUAUCUACAGCUUGAAAA